AUGAAGAACUCGCGGCGGCUGCUGCUGCUCCUGGCAGGAGUUUGCAUCUACGGAUACAAGCCUGUUGUCAUCGUGCACGGAAUAUUUGAUGGACCGAAGCAGUUCAAAACUCUGUCUCUGUUCAUAUCCAAGGUGCAUCCAGGUACCGAGGUGUCUGUGAUCGACUUGUACAACAACGUGGCCAGUCUGAAGCCCAUGUGGAGGCAGGUCCAAGACUUCAGGAAAGCCAUCGAGUCCAUCAUGAGCCGGGCUCCCGAUGGCAUCCAUCUUCUGUGCUUCUCACAAGGUGGUUUGAUUUGUCGAGCUGUUCUCUCCACGACUCCAGACCACAACGUGCACACCUUCAUCUCACUGUCGUCGCCUCAGGCCGGGCAAUACGGAGACCCUCACCACAGGCCCCAGUACCUGCAGAGCAACAACUUUCUGCCGAUGCUAAAUGGUGACAGGCCUCACAGCGACCUGAAAGCAUGGAGGAAAAACUUUCUACGCAUCAAGAAGCUUGUGCUGAUUGGAGGACCGGACGAUGGCGUCAUCACACCCCAGUUUGGAUUCUAUGACAGCGAUGAGCAUGUUGUGGAAAUGAGGAAACAGGAGUUUUACAGGAACGACACGUUUGGCCUGAAGACGCUGGACGCUCGCGGCGCCGUGUCGACGUGUGUUCAGUCUGGAGUGAAACACGUCUACUGGCACAACAACAUCACAGUGUUCAGGAACUGCAUCGAGAAGUGGCUCACGUGA